AGCAGCGAAGGAAAGAGAGAGAGGAAUUAGCAGGAAAGGAAAGAGAGAGAAGCUCACAAGAAAAAGAGUUAGAGAAACAAAAUGGGGAUGAAAGCAGCGACGAUUGGUCUGCUGCUCUUUUCCCUCUUUUACCAACCACUGAAAGCGGCCCCCAACAAUGAGCUUCCUCUCCAAAAUCUUCCAGACCAAAUCAACCAGAAUUCUCCAGUGGCUGAAGAUACCCAUCUUCGUGGAUUGAAAUUCAGCCUGCAUCGCUCCCUGCGCAGUGGAGGCCGAGGUGGAGCAUCUGGUGGUGGGAGCAGAGGAGGCAGCGGCGGAAGCAGUGGAGGCAGCGGCGGAAGCAGUGGAGGCAGCGGUGGUGGGAGUAGAGGAGGCAGCAGUGGAAGCAGAGGAUCUGGUGGUGGAGCUAGCCGGACCCCAUUGAUAAUUGGCACCGGCGCGGGGGCUGGCGCCUCCUCUUGGAGGCACGACAAUAAUAGCGGCUCCUCUUCGACGCACCACAACAAUAGUGCUGCCCCACACGGUCACCAGUCAUUUUAUGGAAUGAUUUUGAGCUUAACGUGGGUUUUCUUAUUGGAUUUUUACGAGGUUAUUUAAUACGUAAUUAUAUUAUACAAUUCUUUUAUGUAACAAUUAAAUAAAGAUUGGGGGUGAGGCAAUCCGUUAAGCUCUCACCCUAUAUCCCCCUCUCAAAUUUGGGCAUCACCAUUGUGUAAACUUUUAUUUUCUUUUAUCAAUGAUUAAAUUGUAGUUUUUCGAAUUUUUAAGGUAGAUGACCAUGAGUUGGAACUAUUUUUUUUCGUUUACGUUGAUUAAUAUAUGUAUUGCAAAUGCCAAAGGGCACAUUUUCAAAUAAAGGAACUCUUUAAAUA